AUGGCGCCGCUGGAGGAGCUCCGAGCGCGGCUGGCGCGGGCCGGCCAGUCCCACCUGCUGCGCUUCUGGGCCGAGCUGGCGCCGGCCGAGCGCGACUCGCUGCGGGCGGCCCUGGCGCUGCUGCCGGCGGAGGAGCUGGGCGUGCACUGCCGGCGGGCGGCGGCGGAGGCUCGCGCUGCGGAGCUGGGGCCCCCGGAGCGCUCGGGCCGCAGGAUGGAGCCGGUCCCGGCCGAGUUCCUGGGCAGCGUCAGCCGGAGCGAGCCGGCCACGCUGGCACGAUGGGAAGCGGAAGGUUUCCGUCAGAUCUCACAGAGCAAAGUGGCGGUGCUGCUCCUGGCUGGAGGGCAAGGGACCCGCCUGGGCGUGGCCUAUCCCAAGGGGAUGUACAGCGUGGGGCUGCCCAGUGGUAAGACCCUGUAUCAGAUCCAGGCAGAAAGAAUCCGCAAACUGGAGCAGCUUGCCGGCAAGAAAUACGGCACGACAUGUACCAUCCCAUGGUACAUCAUGACAAGCGAGUUUACACUGGGGCCAACAGAGACGUUCUUCAUAGAACACGAUUACUUUAACCUGGAUAAGACCAAUGUGAUCAUGUUUGAGCAGAGGAUGCUGCCAGCUGUAACGUUUGAUGGGAAAGCCAUCUUGGAACAGAAGGGGAAAGUUGCCAUGGCACCAGAUGGCAACGGCGGCUUAUAUCGUGCUCUAGUGGACAACAAGAUCUUGGAUGACAUGGAGCGGCGCGGUAUCCAGUAUAUCCAUGUGUACUGUGUGGACAAUAUCCUCGUCAAAAUGGCCGAUCCCGUCUUCAUCGGCUUCUGCGUGUCUAAAGGGGCAGACUGCGGUGCUAAGGUGGUGGAGAAGGCCUAUCCCACAGAGCCUGUCGGGAUAGUGUGCCGUGUGGACGGGGUCUAUCAGGUGGUGGAAUACAGCGAGAUCAGCCUAGAGACCGCCCAGAUGCGGAGUCCCGAUGGGCGGCUGGUGUACAGUGCCGGCAAUAUCUGCAAUCACUUCUUCACGCUCGGCUUCCUCGAGACAGUGGCACAGAAAUUUGAGCCCCAGCUGAAGCAGCAUAUAGCCAUAAAGAAGGUGCCCUACGUCGACGAGGAGGGAAAUCUGGUAAAGCCGCUAAAGCCAAACGGGAUAAAGCUGGAGAAGUUUGUGUUUGAUGUGUUCCAGUUCUCUAAGAAUUUUGUUGCAUUUGAAGUUUUGAGGGAAGAGGAGUUCUCGCCGUUAAAAAAUGCAGACACAGCCAACACAGACACUCCGACCGCAGCUCGGCGGUCCCUCCUUUCUCAGCAUUACCGCUGGGCUCUGAAGGCUGGAGCCAGAUUCCUGGAUGAAAAUGGCAGCAGGAUACCAGAGAAACUCAAUUUAUCGGGAACUGAAGAUCCUCCUGCUUUGUGUGAGAUUUCUCCAUUAGUGUCUUAUUUUGGAGAGGGUCUGGAGGCACACAUGAAGAGCAAAGACUUCUAUUCGCCCUUUAUACUUGAUGAAAGCAAAAUAGAAAUGCUAGAAGAUGCUUGAAUGAAGAAAAAAUAAAAAUCUGGCCAUCAGCUCUAUGCUGGGAACAGACACUGCUAAACCAUUGGCUUUGUUAUUAAUGAUAGAGAUAAUUGAUUGGGUAGCAAUUAAGCUGACAAAUAUAUAGAGACAUACUCUAAUUCUGUUUGCUAACUUUGAUGGCAUCAUCUUUACCUCAGCAUACGUGUAGGUUCAGGUAUGAAUGAAGUUAUAUUUGUGCUCUCAGUUACAAACAGAUUUUAUUUGUG